AAGUACCUCACAAUAGAUGAUAACCCACAGUUUUGAAUAAUUGAGACAAAUAAAUACACUAUGUUACGAUUUUUAUAUUUUUUUGAAGUUUUGCUCAUCGCUUCUUUUUUCAUCCACAUUUAUGCGGAAGAAUGCAGUGAACCAUGUGGUGUCAAUGAAGAAUGCUCACAAUGCGGUGCUGAAUGCGAGCUUAGUUGUUCAGAUACUGGACCAAAAAUCUGUCCAGCAGUUUGCCUUCCUGCAGCUUGUGUUUGCCAGAAAGGAUUUAUAAGAGAUAAAUCUUUCGACUUGUGUGUCCGCCCAGAUGAAUGUUUUUACGAUGUUUAGAUGUAUAAAUUAAAUUCAAUCCACUAAGUAUUGUACAAAAUAAAUUUUAGCGAAAUUGAAUUG